AUGGAGAAUUCCUCGUCCGCUUCGGUGCAAAAAACAAACAAGGUUUCCCUGAUCUUGUUGAAUGAAAUAGACAGCGAGGAGGCAAACGUGACAAAAACUGUUUUUUUCAUUGCAUUGGGACUUGUUAUUAUCUUUGGUAACGCGACAAGCAUUGUGAUUUUUUGGCGUCGGAGGUUUUUCCUACAACGAUCAGCUAUCCUUCUGAUGAACUUAACCGCUGCUGAUUUGUUGGUUGGAUUUGUGAUCAUUUUCACCAUAAUGGAAGACAUUUUACCAUCGUAUUUCAUCAGUAGAGAGAUUUAUUCAGAAAUGAACGUUGGAUUUGAUGCUUUUGCCUUGCUUAGCUCCAUCUUAUUUCUUGCCGCGAUUUCCGUGGAAAGGGCACACGCCGUUCUAAGACCUGUUCGCCACUUGUUUAUACCAACGCGCUAUUACUUCUCAGGUGUACUCACCGUGUGGUUUAUGGCUGGCUUCCUUUCUGCGAUUAAUUUGCUUCCUCUUCACGCGAUCUUAAGCAAGCAAAUCACAAUUACAGUUAUAUCUACAUCUAUUGGGUUAGCAUUACUUAUUAUCUUCAUAUCAUACGCUUCAAUUUGGUUCAAAUUCAAUAAAAGGAUGUUCAACCCUUCCACAGCACGCACGGAAAUGAACCAAAAACUGGUGAAAACACUUUUUAUGGUGACGAUUUUAUCACUAGUAUCUUGGCUACCAUUGCAAGUCAUAUUAAUCCUUCUUUAUUACUAUCCCAAUGUAAAAAUUACAGCCAACAUUUUAUUAAUAGUUCGACUUUUUCAGUAUUUUAACUCUCUUUUAAACCCCAUUGUCUACAACCUUCGAAUGCCCGACUUUCGGAAAGAAAUGAUCGAUUUAAUUUGUGGAUGCUGUAUAAAAGACAUCCCAAAGAGAGCGGACAUUCGUUUAAAGUCCGUUCGAAAGACAUGCAGCACCUGAAAUAAGGGGCUAACCAAGUUACUAUAGCCUCCUCUGCACGUGACUUGGGACUUCAAGUAGACUCCAUCCUUAGCUUUGAUGAACAUAUCACAAACACGUCUCAUCAUGUUUAGGUGGGACAAAAAAAUAACGCUUUCAACGUUAUUAAAACUAACAUUACACUGAAUAUCAGGCGAAAGCACUGCCAAAGAAGGUUUAUUUGGAUGCUGCCCCGUGUAGGGGAAUCCGUAUUCCGGAUUCCAGGAAAUUUUUGCAGGUAGAAUUGUGGUGUUUUUGGCCAGCGGCCAAUACACUUUGAGCAUGCGCACUUAUGCUCCAUUCCGAAAACGUAGUCCGUUCAAAUCAAAGACAUGAUAGUGACAACGAGGUAAAAUUUAAAAAAUUAUGACCACUAUUGGGAAGAUAGAGAGUUUUGAUGACACAAAAGAGAACAGGGAAACCUAUGUGGAACGAGUAGAACAGUUUUUCUUGGCGAACGGCUUCGAUGAUGACCAUAAAGUGCCAUCCUUGUUGAGCUUGAUCGGCGGGAAAACCUACACUCUGCUGAGGGAUCUUCUUUCACCGGAGAAGCCAGCUACAAAGUUCUUUCAACAGAUACAGCCGACUCCUGAUAACUCGAACCCUCGCUACCUCGAACCAAACUCGAUUUCCCCUGGAUUUCCGUCAUACUUUCACUGUAAUUUUACCCUCGGUAACUUGAACCCUCGAUAACUCGAACUCCCGCUAAGGGACUGGUCAAAAAGUAUAGGCGGGGGUGGGCCGGAGCAGAGAGGGGGUGGGUCAUGAGGUUUUGAGCCUUGUCGAAGGGGUGGGUCGUGCAAUUUUCAGCUACCCUUAAGGGGUGGGUCACCCUAUUUUAUUACAUAGAUAAGCACUAAGUACUAACGAGACAGUUGACCACACUUGUUAUAUAAAACACAGCCAGCUGGAAUUAUUGCUAUAAUACUCACAAACCUGUUGUGCGAGAAAAUGUAACGGGUGACAGGCCGCACAUGCAUCUAUACGGGUGUGAAACCCUUUGUUAACCUUUUUUUUUUUUUUGCUCUAACGAGCAUGUCCUUUAAUGAUUUUCCUUUUUUGUAAGGAAAUGAUUGGUGGUUCCUCAAAAAGUUAUGGAAGGUAUGGUUGGUUUUGUAUAAGAUCCCAUUUUUAUUAUUCAAGCUUUCCUUUAUUGUAGACAUUGCAUUUUGAGGAUUGGCAUUGUGUCACAAAUGGCAAUAUUUUUUUUUCCUCCUUGUAUGUUUUGUUUUGGGAGUUUAGACUCGUUUUUGUGAAUUUUAUUUCUGAUAGUAGGUCUUCUAUCAAAGUUUGUGGGUAGCCUCUGUCCAUCGAGCGUUUUUUUUUGUUAAAUUUUCCUCAAAGGUUGUUUCUGAGGAGUUUUUUCGUAGGAUUCUCAAGGCUUCUCCUUUGACAAAUCCUUUUUUAACACUUGGAGGGUGACACAAGGUGAAAUGUGUGUGCAAGAAGGUUUCUGUUUGUUUAAAAUGUGUCUUUGCAUCAAGGAUAGAUAUUUUCUUGAAUCUUGUGCCUUUGUAUACAACCGUGUCUAAAAACGCUGCAUCUCAGUGUCAAAUGUUUCGGCGGUUAAUUUAAAAGUUGGGUGAUGUAAGUUUGCUUGUUCAAUGAAGGCUUCGAUGUCUGCUUUACUUAUGUCCCAUAGGGAAAAGAUAUCGUGUAUGUAGCAUUUCCAAACUGUUGUUCUAAGGACAGUUUUGCUUAGAGUUAUUGUUUCAAUAAUUAUAUGUCAUGAAAAUAUUGGCAAAGGAAUCAAAACUGCUGUCUUUGUGCCCAUUGCAGUUCCAUGGUUUUGUAGGUAGUGCUUUCCAUUGAAGUGGAAGAAAUUUUCUUUGAGGAUUAAUCUAAGAAUUUCCGGCAAGUAAAAUGUAGGAAUGGGUUGUCUUUGUAGAAAUUUUCAUAUGCUUUGUGACAGAAAAUUUCAAUAUACCCUCGUUUUGCUGUAUAUUUGUGUCAAGACUCAAAACGUCCAUCGAAACAAGAAAUGUUCGGUUUUUCACAUUUGUCUUUUCAGUGAAAGGUAUGAUUUCUGUGAUUUUGAUAUUGGUUGUAGCAGUGUAUCAACAAAUUUUGUCAAGCACAGAACAAGGUUAGGCCAUCCUCUUUUUCUUUCUCCGUUUACCGUCAUCCGACCGACCCAAAUAUUUGGCAUUUUCAAAACAAAAAAAAGUAACGACGUAGUUACACCAUUUUUCACUUGACAUAAUUCUUUUAACCUCAAAAAUGAGCACAGUAGCAGCAUAGAGAAAAACAGGAACAAAACAUGAACAUUUUUCACAGUAUAUUGUACAUUUUGUUAAUCCAAAUAUGUGAAUGUUAACUUUUAACGUCGUCCUGGGGUACCAGGGCUUACUAUUCCGAGACUUCUUGUGAUUUAUUUUUUAGGUUUUUUUUUUUUUUUCAAUCCGACCGACCGACCCAAUAUCAGGAAACGCGUUCGACGGUAAACGAAGAAAAAAAAGGGGAUGGCCUUAGAGGAAACCAAACAUCCAUGUUUUAACUAGGGGGUGGGUCAUGCAAUUUCCAACCUUGCUUUAGGGGUGGGUCAGUCAUUUUUGUGCCGAAGGGAGGGGGUGGGUCAUGUGUUUUUUAUCAGCCACAUUUCCAAAUGCUCCGGCCCACCCCCCCCCCUAUACUUUUUGACCAGUCCCUAACUCGAACCAAUUUUCGUUUCCCCUCAUGUCAUUUCCUAUAUAAUUUUACCCUCGAUAACUCGAACCAUGUUUCGAGCCCUUAAAGAGUCGGGAAAAAAGCCGUCUACUAGCUUCCGAAACAUUGAAUUUUGGAUUUCCUAUUAACGUGUUGUAGGAGUAUAGUUUACUAAUGGAGGCUGAUGUUGAUUGUCACAGGCUAACGUGAAGCAGCUUUACGUCUCAAAACAGUAAAACGCAUGCUCUAUUUAGGUUAUGUUUUGAUACGUUACGUUCUGAUUUAUAAUCUAGAAGUAUCUUUUAGUUUUCACUUGACAUUUCUACAAUUAAAUGUGAUUAAAAUGUUCACUGUGCAGUAAAAACUGUUUUUUACCUUGCUCUCGGCUAUUUUCUUUGAGCUCCCGAUAACUCGAACUUUUUUCAAUUUCCCUUGAAGGUUCGAGUUAUCGGGAGUCGACUGUAGUUACCACUCUCCAGGAGCAUUUGAGCCCGAAUCCCUUGGAAAUUGCGGAAAGAUUUCGUUUCUACAAGAGAAACCAACAUGGAGGAGAAAGCAUUUUGUCUUACGUGGCCGAGCUAAGGAAGCUUGCCACACACUGUAAUUUUGGCGGGAAUCUGAACGAAGCGCUACGAGACAGACUGGUCUGUGGACUUCGAAAUAUGCAGAUCCAAAAGCGAUUACUGUCAGAAGCCAAACUGAAGUAUUCCAAAGCUGUGGAGAUUGCUGUAGCAAUGGAAACUGCCAUCCGCGAUGCUUCAGAAUUACUAAGUGAGCUCAACCCCAACCCAGUCCCUCACGUUGACAAAUUGACUGAACACAACAAACCAACACCAGCGAAACCGGCGACCACCCUCGUUCGCUACCGCUGUGGUGGGAACACACAUACGACACACAAUUGUUUUUAGAAGGAAUAGAUCUGCCACCACUGUGGAAAACAAGGCUAUAUCCAGCGAGGUUGUCGUUCCAAACAGCAAGGCAAGCCUAAGCAAGCAACCAAAACCCCAGAGGUACAUGCUGUUGAAGUUGAUGUUGAUGUUGAUGCAUAUGAAGACAUAUUAGCCACCUUCGAGGUACACAAUGUGAGGAAACAGAGCAAUGAAAUUAUCUGGGUUGAUUUGGAUGUUGAUGGUAAACCACUUAAGAUGGAACUGGACACAGGUUCGGCUGUGUCGAUCAUCUCGUUUGACCUCUACCAGCAGAAAUUUAACAGGCUUCCCCUGCACAAAACUGGACUGUCCUUGAAAACCUACACCGGGGAAAACAUUAUGCCAGUGGGAGUGCUCAAAGUACCCGUGGAUUACCAAAACCAAAGAGAGGUGAUGGACCUGUAUGUCGUCAAGAAUAAGGCUUCACUAGCUACCUAAAGUCCUAAAGAGCGUUUGGAAGUUAUGCUAGACAAGUACUCAGAUGUUUUUGAAAAUAAACUGGGCAGCUUUACAUCAGCCAAAGCGAAGUUAACUCUUAAAGACGAUAGCCAAGCACGCUUCCUCAAGGCCAGACCGAUGCCGUAUGCAUUAAACCUGAAGGUGGAGGAGGAACUGCGGAGACUCCAGAAUAAAGGUAUUCUCACUAAAGUAGAGUGGAGUGAAUGGGCCACACCGAUUGUGCCUGUCCUGAAGAAAGAUGGUUCCGUCAGACUUUGUGGUGAUUACAAGAUCACAGUGAAUCCAGAACUACAAGCAGAGCUGUACCCUCUUCCUCGCACUGAAGACAUCUUUGCAAACCUUGCUGGUGGGCAGAAAUUCUCAAAGAUUGACCUCCGCCAAGCAUAUCACCAAAUAGAGAUGGAAGAAGAUUCAAAGAAAUACCUCACAAUCAACACCCAUAUGGGACUGUUUCAGUACAACCGACUAGUGUUUGGCAUCACCUCUGCACCUGCUAUCUGGCAGCGCACCUUUGAUCAAGUGUUAGAAGGAACGUCUGGAACAAGCUGUAUCCUUGUCGAUAUGAUCAUCACUGGAAAGAAUGAUGAUGAGCAUCUUGCCAACCUAGAAGUUUUACGUCGCCUACACCCUCAUGGGUUAAGAGCAAACAAGACAAAGUGCGAGUUUUUCAAAGAGAAGAUAACCUUCUGUGGACACGAUAUUGAAAGUCAUGGUCUCCACAAGUCACCAGAGAAAGUGGAAGCAGUUUUGAAAGCGCCUCGCCCAUGCAAUGUAGCUGAACUGAGGUCGUUUCCGGGGUUAGUCAAUUACUGCAACAGCUUCUUGCCCAAUCUGUCAACAGUGGUACCCCCUUUGAAACCAGUUGUUAGAGAACAACCAUCAGUGGAAAUGGACGGAACAAUGCGAAACAGCAUUCGACAACGUGAAAGAAAUGAUGACCUCAGAGCAAGUAUUAACACACUAUGAUCCCAGUCUGCCACUAAGGCUUGCUUUUGAUGCAUCCCCUGUGGGAAUCGGUGCCGUGCUAUCCCACGUGAUGAAUGAUGGGACUGACCGACCCAUUGCUUUUGCUUCCAGGACAAUGACAAAAACUGAGCAAGGGUACACGCAAAUUGAUAAAGAAGCUUUGGCAAUAUUCUGGGUAGUCAAGAAGUUCCAUGUGUAUUUCUUUGGCCGAUCUUUGACCCUGUACACCGAUCAUCAACCGUUAACAUCCAUCUUCCAUCCACACAAGAGCAUUCCAGUGGUUACGGCAGCCCGGCUUCAGCGCUAUGAAUUAUUCUUGGUUGGAUAUGACUACCAAAUCGAGUACAAGAACAGUGAAGUGCAUAGCAAUGCAGAUUACCUUUCCCGGCUGCCACUUAAAACCGAAGAGAGAGCAGAAGAAGUUGUGGAUCCAGUAAAUGUUUUCAAUUUGAUGCAGUUUGAGCCCUUACCAAUCACAGUUGACAACGUCCGAAGAGAAACCCAAAGGGACCCUGUCUUGAGCCAAUUCCAUGAGAUGGUGACUAAAGGGUGGCUAAGCAGCCAUCAUUCCUGUACUGGACCCCUUCUACGCUCGCAGGGAUGAGAGAACAGUACACUCAGGGGAUAUGGGGAAUCAGAGUCAUAGUACCCCCAACACUUCGUCCACAAGUACUUGAAGAACUCCAUCAAGGACACCUUGGAGUAGUGAAGAUGAAGGCCGUAGCAAGAAGCUACAUCUGGUGGCCAGGGAUCGACAAGGAAAUUGAGGAAACCGCGAAGACUUGCUCGGGUUGCCAGCUAAUGCAGGCUGAACCUAGUACCGCACCUGUACAUCCAUGGGAAUGGCCAUCGCCACCCUGGUAACCAAUCCAUAUUGAUUUUGCCGGACCUUUCCUCGGCUGCAUGUUUUUGGUUGUCGUGGAUGCCCAUUCUAGAUGGUUGGAAAUAGAGAAAAUGAACACCACGACCUCAACCAAAACCAUCGAGAAACUGCAGAGCUUAUUGGCUAGAUAUGGUGUGCCAUCCCAGUUAGUGAGUGACAAUGGGCCACAGAAUAAAUCUGAAGAGUUUUAGAUGUUCCUCAAGAGAAAGGGAAUAAAAAAUCUGACAUCUGCUCUAUACCAUCCUGCCAGCAAUGGUCUAGCCAAACGCUGUGUGCAGAGUUUCAAAUCAGCCAUGAAAGGUGGAACGGAAGUAAAACCUCUGAACAUUAAGCUGGCAACGUUCUUGCUAGCUUACAGAAAUACCCCCAUUCAACCACUGGAGAAGCGCCAUCUAAGCUAUUUUUGGGAAGACGAUUACGCACUCGACUGGACUUGCUGAAAACAGAUCUCCGCUUGAAGAUAAGCAACCGUCAGAUAGACCAAACCGUCACGAAGGUUGGUGCUGUAACUAGAGAAUUCUCCAUCGGUCAGACAGUGAUAGCACGAAAUUACACUGGUAGUACAAAGUGGGUACCUGGCAUCAUCCGAACACGGCUUGGCCCCCUUUCUUACGAAUUAGAAGUCAAACCUGGCUUAGUAUGGCGUCGACACACAGACCAACUGAGGGAUACCAGAAUCCCAGUGACACCAAGCAGCAACCCUGUUACCCAGACCUCAGAACUUCCAGUCGAGGUCGAGAGUUGUGAGGAACCAGUGUCUGUAGCCAGUGAGCAGCCAGCAGCCAGCAGCCAGCAGCCAGCAACUUGGAGACUGAUGUUCCGCCACCAAGUCCACUGGCUGACCUUGCAGCCAGCAGUCCACCAAAUUUGAGUGAGCCUGUUCCUGAACCUGUUCCUCUUAGACAAUAUCCGAUCCGAGUGCAGAAGCCCCCAUCUAGGCUGGAUUUAUGAACUUUGAAAUGACAUUAAGACUUGGCUUAUUUCAAUAGGCGUGUUGUGUUUGACUUAACGUUUCAGAUCCUUAUUAGUUACCAUAUUGCAUGCACUAGCUAGUGGGGAGGAGUUGUGGUGUUUUUGGCCAGUGGCCAAUACACUUUGAGCAUGUGCACUUAGUCCGUUCGAAUCAAAGACAUGACAAGAAUCUGGCGGAAUCCUGGGCUUUGGGAUUCAGAGUAAAGUAAAACUUUAUUUACACAGGUUAGCCCAUUCAACUCUAAGGCUGGUCUCCAUAGGGGCCCUGUAUCUUAAAAAAUUAAUUUACAUUAAGGAUUUUUAUAAACUAUUACAUUUACAGAAGCCUAAGCCUAAACAUACAAUGCAAUUAACAAAAUUACAUUUAAAACUUAAAAUAUAAUAAUAUAUCAAAGUUUUGAUAAAAAGAAAUGUCUUGCUCAGCGGCAGAACGUCUGAAUGUUUCACUCUUCGCAAUGUUUAAAGGGAGUUUGUUAAAAAAUUUUUCGCCAGUAAAAAGAAAGGUCCUUUUCCCAAAAUUCUCUUUAAUGUUUGGUAGGGAAUACAGCUCAAGGAAUCUGGAAUCCCACUAACGAUUGGAAUCUAGAAUUCAAGUUCCACUGACAAAAACUAGAAUCCAGUAGCUGGAAUCCAGAAUCCAAGGCCUGGAAUCCACAAUCCAAGACUGUUUUGGAUUUGCUUACAUUGCCCAUGGGGCAAUGGAUGGGCAAAACAGAUAGAAAGAGAGUCUGUUUGAUAAAAUAGAAUAAGAUGGUCUUAAACUUUUAUUGUUUACCAAACAGGCAGAUAGACAAAACGUCACUGGAACCGUCAGAAAGCGAUUGCUAAGCGAUAUUUAGUCACCUGUAGGUAAGUGGCAAAGAAAGAUAAGGUAUUCGGAUUUCAAGGACUAAAUCGAAGAUGGCAGUGACAGAAAGUGUAAAUAUUUUCCAUUGGCAUUAACGCACGAGAGCUGCAAAGGAGCUAACUUACAUUCAUCAGUGUAGUGUAGUUAACAGUUAAAAUGAUCAAGAAACUUUGAUUCUGCUUUAAUUCUGCGGGAGAAGGAAGCACAAAAAAAUUGGUUUUAUCAAAUGGGCUGAAUAAAGCCGUCAAUUUAGAAGGAUCCAACUGAGCCUUGUUCAGUCCAGUGCUAGCCGUUUUUCAGCUUUUAAAGUUUUUUCUCUAAGCAAAUGUUUUAAAGUAAAUAAGUAAUAGUAUAGUGAGCUUCGGCUCAUCUCAGUUCUCGUACAAAUUUUUCAGCCUUUGAUCAGUUAUAAGCUUAGCCUGAACUUGAUCUUACAUACUUUCGAGUCUCUGAGAGAGUAAGCGACUCGAAGAUAUGUCCGAAAUUCAGGCUAUUAUAGGCUUACUCAGCAUUAUUUUUAGUCCACAGGUACUGUAGAUUUUAUGUAUUCCUUAACAUACUAAGUAGGUAA